AUGGCCUUCAAGCUAGAACCUGGCAUCGAGUAUUUGACCCACAAUCGCAAGGGGAGCGACCCGUAUGACAUGAGGGGAAUGGAGGACGAUCCCGAAGCACGAGAAUUCUAUGCGAGCAUGCCAUCGCCUGGAACUCCUAAUUACUAUGAGCCCGACUUCGAGCUUACCGGGGACGAGGAGCACAAUGAGGAACAUACCAAUGAUGCUUCGACACAUCACGAGUUCGAUCCCACGGAAGAUGGCGACAUCGCAGCAUAUGAGUAUUAUGAGACUAUGGAUUCACCGGGGUCACUGAAUAUCAACCCUGUCACUCCGCCUCCAGGGGACGAAGGAGAAGAAGAAGAGGCUAUGGUUGAUCAUGUCGAAGUGGCAAAGACGUUAGAGGACACAUCAGCGACACGGUAG